AAACAGCAGUCUGACCGCGUUUGGUCCGCAGUGCGCAUGCGUCGAACGCCGCGUUGCUAUGGAGACGUGACUUGCAAAUCAAAUUAAAUACUUUAUACUUGUAAUAUUUAUAAAACUGACACAUAAUAAAAACAAGAGUGACUGUGUUUUAUUUUAGUGUAUUGUUAAAUUAUGAGGUGAAGUGCUCCACGGGAUGUUGCUUUGGGGGCUGUGUGUUCUAACCCUAGCGGGGCUUGCCACCGCCCAGGGUCCGGAGAAAAGAAGGACGGGCAAUAUCUGCAGCGUGGAUCUAGACUGUCCAGAUAACGCGUUCUGCCGUCAGAGCAGUUACUGCGUCUGCAAGAACAGCUUCGUCUACGCUGCGGUUAACAGCACGCAUAAAGGAUGUCUGAAGGAGGCUCGUAACGGUGAGGAGUGUAUCCAACACAUUCAAUGUCACUCAACUAUGGGCGUCCACUCGGAGUGUUCUAACGGGUCGUGCUCGUGCGCAGAAAACGCACACCUGGAGACAGACCGGUGUUACGAAACCGCUGUAAUCGGCGAGCGAUGCGUGGUGGACCAGAAUUGCUAUUUGGGUGAACCAGGUCCGGAACGAGAGGCGUUCUGUGUCAGGGGAUACUGCACCUGCCAGCUUCAGUUUAGCCCCAGGGAUAAUGGAACAAGAUGUGUCCGUGACGCGGCGCUGGGUGAGGCCUGCGAGGACGAGCUACAGUGCGCGGGCCCCGGCCUGCAGUGCAGAGGGACCUGUCGUUGUAGACCUGGCUGGGUCGCACAUACUGACAUUAACGCCUGUGUUGAAUCGGCGACUGCUCUGAACGAGGAGUGUCAGUACGACGUGCAGUGUGAAUCCCUGUCCGGCAGCGAGGUCCCCGCAGCCUUAUGUCUCGGCGGCGCCUGCUCGUGUUCAUACGACGCCCGUGCUGUCGGGAAUCCGCCGAAAUGUUGGAGGAGGAAGAGACCCGGCCAGGACUGUGAUGUGGAUGAGGAAUGCGUGUCUGAGGAAGACGAGCCGGGUUACUGUCUGGCUGGGCGCUGCACUUGUAAGACAUGCUCCCCGGACGCGAGAGAUUUCGGAGGCGCCAGCGCCGUCUCCCCCCCACUCGCCGCCAUCUUGGUCACCGCCGCCGUUUUGAUACGACAUUAAAUACGAUACAUUCAUAUUUUUUGGUGUUUGUUCCUCUGUAACAAUGCCGUCAUGAUAUAUGAAAAUUAAUUCAAAAUCUUUAUACACUGUUAAUAAUUAAUUAGUCGGAUCAUAUAAUUGGUUGUUAGAGAAAAUUUUCAAACGCCUUAAUUGUUGUAAAACGAUCGAAUUUUACGAACAUGCGUAUCCGAUUCGUCCGUUUAGUUUUCAAAGUUUAUAAUAAGUUGUAUAUAAUAUUAUUCUGUUAUUUGUUGUGUAAUACAUUAAGAGUAGAUUAUUUUUCUUCCUUUGACAGUAUUUUUUGAGUGCAAUUUUAUUCCAGCGUUUUAUGAAUGGGUAGAUCAUGCCAAAGAGAUGUUCAAGAGCUGUUCGAAUGUAAAUAAAAUAUAUUUAUUAUGA